AUGAGAUCUGAUAUUGUGGAUGUCGAGGGCGGGAGGCGGCGGUCCAACGUUCCCUUGUCAUGUGCGGAGUGUAGACGAUGCUCCCGCCAAUUCCCGUGCUCGAGCUGCGUGAAGAAAGGUUGUGCUGCGAUUUGCCCAGAUGGUUCUCUCACUACCGGCAAGGGUAACCGUUUUGUUCUCGCAAACACCGAGGUUCUGCAUGAAAAGAUCACCACACUAGCAAAUCGCGUUAGACAGCUCGAGGAUGCCUUGCAUGAUGUCUAUGGCCAAGUCUCGUCUGAAAGACAUCCUCUUUUAUCAGAUGAGCUUCUGCAGAUAAAGCGGCCACUCGAAAGAGAGGCUCCAGACGAGACACCGCAAGAUCCAGAUCCAGACACGGCAGAGGCUAUCGACCAAGUUGGAUCUCUAUCGAUCAACGAUGCAGGGGAGGGGAAGUUCUACGGACCUGCCGCUAAUGCAUGGUACCUCUUACAGAAUGAAGAUGGCACCGAAGAGGCAUCUGAGAGCCCGCAAUCUGCGCUGCCGUCAGAUAUUCCUUGGAUUAGCUACACGUUCCCGUUCUCUUCCAGUGCCACGUUGACCCCCUCGAGUGUCCGUGCCUCUCUUAUAGACAUGCUUCCGGGGUUACCAGAAGCUCGCCGCUUAGCUGCACUCUAUUUCAGGCAUGCGGCAUGGAUGUAUACGCCGAUACCGGAGAAUGAAUUUUACAACAGCGUCCUCACGCGAUUUUAUGAAUCAUCGGCGAUGGUAGAUCAAGAUCCUACGGACUCGCACAGAUUAGCGAUCAUGUACCUGGUCCUGGCUAUGGGUGUUCUGCUUGAUCUCGACCAGCAGCCGUUGACGGCGGAGGCGACACGGUACUAUCAGUUAGGUCGUGCUGCUCUUGCGUUAGACUCUAUUUUGGAGCAUCAGACGAUACAGGCCGUGCAAGCGUUGGUACUGAUGUGCCAUUUCAUGUUUUUCUCCCAUGUCGACGGUUCGCGAUGGGCUCUCAUGGGGCUCGCAGUCAAAUUGGCACUUACUUGGAACCUCGAUCCGGAUGAAGCAUUCAGACGGCGAACGUUGUUUUAUGAGCUCCUCACGUAUGAUUCUUGGCAGAGCCUCACCUUUGGCCGACCGCCGUCGCUCUCUAUGGCGUUCAUCGAUUGCCAAAUUCCUGAGCCCAUCACUAAGACCGAUCAGGGCGAGCCCGAGAUGAGCUUUUCCGCCUGGAAACAUCGGUUUGUGUCACGCUGCCAGAGCGUCGUCCACGAGCAGGCGUUCGGUGCGCGAAUCACUAAUUAUCGCACUAUUCUGGACCUCGACAAGAAGGUCCGUGACUUCUAUCUACCACCUUCCCUGCGUGUGCCCGGGUUCGGCGGUGCGAAGAUGGACCCGGACGCGCCCCCUGCUACCCUACAGCAGGUUCUGCAGGGAUAUUGUGCCUUUUCGAUGCGCGAAAUCACUAUCUUCUAUAUGCAUCGUGGCUUCUUUGCCAGCGCACUGCAGGACCACCCCGAGGACCCGCUCAGCAGCAAAUAUGCGCCCUCGGUUCUGGCCGCCUACAACAGUGCAUGCUCCUACGUUGGCCUCGUCAGGAGCCAGUACUCACAAUAUCCGGACCUGACUGAGCGCAUGUGGUUCCUUUUCACACAUGUCUUCUCCUGCGCGAUCGUGCUCGGUGCUAUCCCAUCGAAGAGUCCGACCAUCCCGCUCGCCCGUUCGGCCCUUUCUCACCUGGACUCCGCGUGCGGGUUGUUCGAGGAUGUGGGACACAACCCACGUGCUGCGAAGGUGAUUCCGGUGCUGCGAAAGCUCAGGAGCAGAGCCCAAGCAGCCAUGUCGGAUCUUCAGGCUAGGACGGCGGCCCCGCGGACUGGCCUGCAUCGCGUGGCCGCCAAGGCGGACGAGGAGCUCGAUGCUCUCGGAGGUAAGACUCGUCUCGUGUCGCGCAAGUCCCCGUCGCUGCCAUCGCCUACGUCAUCUCGGGGGAGCUACUCCCAGGGCGGCUCUAGUCCUAGUCCCCGCGACCCCCACCCUCCAGAACUCUCGCCGAUGCACCCCAUGGCGCCUCCGAUCCCCGAGCCCAUGAACCAGAUCCAGACAUCGAUGCUCGAUAUGUCCUCGCAGUGGCCAGGUUAUAUGCAGCAGGCUACCGGGUACUCGUACCAACCACAGUACGCUGACCCAGCCAAUUACUGGACCCCAGCCUCAGACUAUGCGACGAUGCACGGCAUUGUCGGGCAGCAUUAUCUGUCUCAGGAGCCGAUGGGUCUUGAUGCGAACGUCAUUCAAUCCGCUGCGUACGCCUACGUGGACCCGAUGGCAGGAUACGUCACUACUUACCCAGCUGGCGGUGGUUCUCCGGAUGGGAACAUGCAGCAACCUGAUGCGUCGUGGCACAACCUCUUGGGCCAGCUUGAUCAGGCAUAGAUUUCUCACUCACUCUGCAGCGAUGAUCAUAACGUGUUUUAUCAUACAUAUUUCCCUUGUCUCCGGUUAGUGUAUCAGGUAGCUCUCCUAUUGCUCUGCUGCGUCCACAUUUUGGCGGACGCUAUACGUGUUCAUGCUGAAUUUACGAAUGUAAAGAUAUGUUCUAGUAUGUAUGUGUUUGUGUGUAUUACUCAAUCCAAUUAGAUUGCGUU